GCUUGUUCGCCAGUUGCUGGACUCCAAGAGACGAUAUCGCCAGCCUUUGCCAUGGAAGGGUUGUUUUAUAAUGUCAAAUACGGCUACAUCGAGGGCAUCGUCCGUGGAUACAGGAACGCCCUCCUCACAAGCCAAAACUAUAGCAAUCUGACGCAAUGCGAGACCAUCGAUGACGUCAAACUCCAACUGUCCCCCGCCUACGGCGACUUCCUUGCAUCCCUUCCUCCCAACCCCUCCACCUCCGCCCUGGCCGCCAAAACGACCGACAAACUCGUCGCCGAAUUCCGCUACCUACAAGCCAACGCCACAGGUUCCCUCGCAAAAUUCAUGGAGUACCUGACGUACGCCUACAUGAUCGACAACGUCGCCCUGCUCAUCACCGGCACGCUCCACGAGCGCGACACGCGCGAACUCCUCGAACGCUGCCACCCGCUGGGCUGGUUCGAAACGAUGCCCGUGCUCUGCGUCGCCACCAACAUUGAGGAGCUGUAUAAUUCCGUAUUGAUCGAGACGCCGCUGGCACCAUACUUCAAGGGCUCGCUCUCCCACCAGGACCUCGACGAGCUCAACAUUGAAAUCAUCCGCAACACGCUCUAUAAGAACUACCUGGAAGAUUUCUACCACUGGGUCAACACGGCGGAUGAGAUUGCGGGCACCCCGACGGCCGAGGUCAUGUCCGAGGUGUUGGAAUUCGAGGCCGAUAGGAGGAGCAUCAACAUCACGCUCAACUCGUUCGGCACCGAGCUCAGCAAAAACGAUAGGAAGAAGCUGUAUCCCACUUUCGGCCGUUUACACCCGGAAGGUACAUUGAUGUUGUCGCGUGCCGACGAUGUCGAGGGCGUGAGGAUCGCCGUGGAGAGCGUCGCGGAUUAUAAGUCGUUCUUCGACCAGACGGGAUUGAAUCAGCAAGGGGGCGGCGGUGGAGGCGGGCUGGGGAAUAUGGCUGGGGGUGUGGGCGGGGAGAGCAGGAGUCUGGAGGAUCUGUUCUAUCAGAAGGAGAUGGAGAUUUCGAAGUUGGCGUUUACGAGGCAGUUUACGCAUGCCGUGGUGUAUGCGUGGGUGAAGCUUAGGGAGCAGGAGAUCCGUAACAUCACCUGGAUAGCGGAAUGCAUUGCGCAAAACCAGAAAGAGCGGAUUGGGAAUUACAUUAGCGUCUUCUAG